AUGGGGAAGAAGGGAUCGACGACGGGAGAAGGCCGUAAGGGUGGUUCUACUCCACCGGCGAGUAAGAACGAGGUUGACAACUCAGAAGCCAAGGUGGAAUCUCCCAACCGUGCGAGCCAAAAAGAGAAGGCGAAACGUGCUUCUUCUUCCCAACCGUCGCCGGUUCCUAGUAAGCGAUCCUCACCGGAAUCGACUCCCACGGGAAAAGAGACCACUCCCAAAUCGAAGAAGAAACGAGCUAAGGUGCCGCAUCAGGAGAAGAAGGAUGAAAGUGCGAGUGCUUCUUCUUCCCAACCGUCGCCGGUUCCUAGUAAGCGAUCCUCACCGGAAUCGACUCCCACGGGAAAAGAGACCGCUCCCAUAUCUUCGGGAGAAGGCCCUAAAGCUAAGUUAGACAAGUACCAACGUCGUAAUAAUAUAUGGUGGGACUACGAUAACAAGGAGGUUCCCACAGACUUGGAACACAACCAAGUGUACAACAGGAUGCAGAACGCACUUCAAGCCAUAGGAUUCCAUGGACCCAUAAAGAUCCGUGCCUUUGUAAAAAACAUCUGUUUGAUCUUUUCAGGACCAACAGACAGACCUACAACCGACAAUCAGGCUGCGGAUGAAUCUAUGAAACGUGAGAUAAAAAAAUUCCUGAAGGAUGACUCUCACAGCCCUGGCUUGGAGAAUCACCUGUUCAUUUCAUCUGAUAAGGGAUUUAGUGAAAAUUUAAAGAUUUUGAUGGAAGCUGGCUAUGUGGUGAUGAAUCUUAGUGAAGGACGUGAAAAUCUUGGCGGUCUUGAAUACAAAUGGGACAACUGGAGACUUUUUCUAGGGCUUAGUAAACAGAGAGUUUACAAAAACCCUAAUGCCAAGAAAGAAGCUAUAUCCAAGAAAAACAAAAGUAAAAUCAAGCGGAAAGAACGCAGGAAGAAAGCUGUGGAGGCUAGGAAGAGGUUAAUAGCAAAUGCCGAGGAUGAAAAAUCUGAGAUACCUUCAAGCAUAAGUGAACGAGAUGGUGGAAGAGUCGAAAUGAAGGUUAAACUUGUGAUCCACACCCAGAAGCCAGUCGUCAUUGACAUCAACAAUGACUCAGUUGAAAUAGUUGUUGCGAAUGCUGCUGAUUUACAUCAGUUUAUAUGCAAUAGACUUAAAUCACCGAUUGAGGAUAUUACUUUCGAAGAACCCAACAGAGUCGUGGUGGCCAACAAAAGUAUGAGGGAGAUAUAUGUCGCCAUGAAUUUAUUGUAAUAGAGAUAGUUAUCACUCAUCCCUGUCUCUCCUGUGUUCCGUCACUUUUGCUUCUUUUCUUAUUGGGAUUUUGAUUGUGAACAUAUUCGCCCCUUGUUAUAAGAGAGAGAGUUUGAAAAGUUUAUUUGAAUGGACCCUAUUGUGUAUUGAGAAUUGUUAGAUUUAGAAGAUCAGGUCGACCAGGAGGAGUUGGUAGCUCUCUUGGUCUUGGAGGACUCUGUACAACCCUCUCGGUGUUCAGAGCAUGUAAUAAAAAUGGAGGCUGGCGUCGGUGAUAUCGGUCUAAUGGUUUGAUGACAAUAACAAGUUCUGCUUUCCAAUUUCAGUUUGUCGUUUAUCCUUUUCUAAUGUUUACCCAGGUGAAAGUCCAAGACAUUGAAGCAUAUGCUCCUAAGGACUUGCUGAUUGUCACGACUGGAUCACAAGCAGAACCACGCGCUGCCCUGAAUCUUGCAUCAUAUGGGAGUAGUCACGCAUUCAAACUUAC